AAGAAUUAUUCAAUGGAGCUUAAAACAGUGCAGAAACAUAUAUUGACUAACGUGUGAUAAUAUUUUUUUGAGUACAAAAAUUUUUUUAUGUAACAUAAUUUACAGAAUUAAAUAGGAUUUUACAAGAGGAACCUACUAAAUUUUUACAGAACAUGUAACAAUAUUUUCUUUUUCUUCUUAAACAUCUAACGGCUUUUUGUAUUAAAAACCUAAUGAGAAAAUCAUUACAAAAAAAUUAAUCCAUACAUUAUGGGAUUUGACGUUAAAACUGGAAGUAACGAUAUGAACGACAAUGUUAACGAGAAAAAAAAGGAGAAGGAAAAUGCAUCAAGAAAAUGUUUCGUCAACGAAAACCAUAUGAGUAGUUUGAAUACGCAGCCUGAAACAGAGCAGUUUGAUGAAGAAAAUCGUGGUUUUGUCCGUAAACAAUAUCGAGGCUUUACUAUCACAGUGUCACCACCAGAAGCUCUGAGAAUGGAAGAGUCAGUGACUACUUUAACAAAAUCAAAUAAGGAACCAGACUUGUUUUUCUCCAAACAUACUGAGGGAAACUAUUUAUGUGAUGACUUUAAUCGAGACUUUACACUUGAAAGAACGGAAAGCUGCUUACCGGAAUUAGAAGAUAUGUUAGGGGUAGAGGAAUUACGUCAAAUGUUUGACACUUCAGAGCGACAUCGAGAAGUACAAAGUGUACUUGUCAUGGAGGAUUCCUUUCAAAAAUACCAGUGUUUAGUAAAUUUGGUUAAACGUUCAUAUGAAAGUCAAGAGUGGAGAAAACAGGCCUCCACGGAUCUAACCCUUGUGGACUCCUUAGUGUUGUUUUGUCGACAAAAAGCUUUUUUUUUGGAAGUUCCCGAAGAAGAAACUAAUGCAGCAAUUGUAGCUUUUCGAAGAGGGCGUUCUUCGUGUUUGUCGCAAUCGUUUACUUCAUUAUCGUCUUUAUCACGAGCCUCAUCACAAUCUUUUAAUGAAGCUCCAGCAUCACAAAAAAAUUCUAUCGACAACUGUAGCAAUGCCAAAAAAACCAAUGAAUUGAAGACUCGUAUAGGUUGUAGCAUUGCUUUGAUAUCAGUGACUCUUAAACUUAUUCGUAAUCUUUGCGUUGAAUCUACAACCUGUCAGAUGUAUCUGUUUGAACACCGUUUUCUGGAUUUUUUAACAGAAUAUUUAGACGUCAUUUUGGAAGCUGGUUAUAAUUUUACUUCGCAAAAAUCAUCGUGGGAGGAAGAAUGGAUAUGGGUGGUUAAAAGCAUUGUUACUUUUCCAGAAGUAUUUUUACAAUGUCUGACAAACGGAAUUUCAGGAAAUCUUCAAGUCCAAGAACAUUUAUUAAAACGCUUGUUUCCUGAUGGUUUACUUAGAAUUAUUACAGUAACACAUCAUGCUGAGUUAAUUUCUUGCUUUCUAUACAACCUGUGGAUGAAUCAAUCCUACAGUGUGAUGGGAACGACGCCUGAUGAAAAUUUGGGGAGCUCUAUCAUAAUCUACUGCUUAUUAGCGCUACACAGUUUGAAUAAGGAAGGAAGCACAUAUCUUCAAGAAAGAUGGGGUCUUUGUUGUAAAAAAUUUAACAAAUCUUUACUAGAUGAGUUAUCAAAAAAUGAAGCUCAAAGUAGCGACUCCAGAUUCGAUUCGAACGUUUGGAAUGCUAUUUUGUUUAAAUAUAUCUUACAACAAACAAAUUGCGAAAAUAUUAGUAUAUUGAAUAGACUUCUUGGUUCCUUAUUGCAAUAUGACGCUUCUCAACUUUGUGGACGAUUGCUCCGUUUUCCCAGCCGUAGCAAAAGCAUUUGUUCAAGUCCACGAGGAUCUCUUGAAAGUUUGCAAAGUAACGUGAAGGGACAAGAGGAUACGUUUUACAAAAAAUUUUGCGAUCAAAUAGCUAAUGUUCCUAAAAGCGACAUAAUUGAAAAUUUUUUUCUUUUAUUAGAAAAAGCAGUAGAUAAACAAGACACAACCUCAUGCGAUUGCUUUAUAGCAAGUUGUUUAAGCUUCCCCAAAUUAACACUUGAAAACGUUUUGUUUUAUAUUUUAAAGGGUUUCAACGUUACCUUGUGGUCGCCGUCAGAAGACAUUUCAAAGAAAUCAUUUCAUUCAGCUCUUGAAUUCACUACAACGCUAUCGUCAAUGAUAGCUAAAAGUGAUAAAAAUCGAGCGGCUUUCAAUUCCAUGUUUGCGAUUCCGUUAAUCGUUGUUAUUUUCCCACAAUUGGAACAUAAUAUUCUACUAAAUAAUCUUAAAACCGAAAACGAAGAGAAUUGCUUAGAUCAGAAUUAUGGCAACCUUCUACCUGUUAAAUUAUGCUUAAGACUUAUAGCGAAUCUGUCGUACAAGAAUAGUGAAAUACAAGAUGAAGUUGACAAACAAAAAGGAAUCGAAAUAAUAGUCAAUCACCUUUUUUAUAAUCGACAAGAACCCUUUAUAAGAGAAGCUGGAAUUUUUGCAAUUCGAUGCUGUUGUGAAUCUCAUACAAAAAACCGCAAUAGCUUACAAGAUUUUUUAAUAUCGCGGCACUAUCAACACACAGACCUAGCUCACUCAAUUUUAGGAAAUAAGAAAUGAAACGUAUUUAUUGUGCGUAAUGAGUUUUUUUUAUUUUUCAAUUGGUACUAGCUGCCAUUUCAAAAAAAAAAUGUUUUAUAUUAACAAAACAUAGUCUUACAACAUACCAAAAUUUGCUGAUCUACAGAGACAUUUAGGUCUCA